AUGUUAUCAUCAUCAACACAAAAACAACCGCGUCAUCGAAUUAACAAUAAUAGUACACAACAGUCGCGAAACGCAAAUGCUUAUUUUGAUGGCGAAGAAUAUCAUCGGCAAUCGUUAAUGAAUAAAACGCACUAUUGGAAUCGCGAUUUUCACAUGAAUGAUGAUGAUGAUUAUUAUUAUUAUUAUAACUAUCAUCAGCCAUUGGCGUCUCGGCCAAUGCGAAAAGAAAGACUGGCGAAAAGCGGACAACGGUACGAUUCAAAAGCUGAUUUUUCGUCAUCAUCGAACAACAAUAACAAUUAUUCGUAUUAUGAUAAUAUACCACCACGUCAUCGUCUUCAACAGCCAAGCAAUAAGCGUGAACAGCGUUCAUCACGUUUACAAGAGCCAAAACUAAAUACAACAGGCGAAAUUAAUCCUCCGAAUAGUUCAAUAACAAAACCAUCGAAAUCAGCUUCAUCAAGUAGUACAAAUUCUGAUAUGUCAAAUAAUGUCGGAUCAACUCAAGGAAAAGAUUUACAUUCAAAAAAUUUAACUGCAGCUCGACAACAAAACUCGACACCACCAACGAAUCUGAGUACUGUACAAACUUUAAUGAAUUCUCUUAUGUCACAGCAACAACAACCAUCAACACCAGCACAAUCAACGGUACAAUUACAAUAUCAACUUACCAAUGCACUUUUAGGAAUAAUGAUUCAGCAACGUGUUAAAGAAACUGCACUUCAAGCUCAAGCACAACAAAUCCAAGCUGUCUUGCCAACAUUAUUAGCUGCUCAAGCACUUGUCUAUCAACAACAGCAAGGUCAAUUAACGAAUCCUCAACAACCCACGCAGUCGAUUCUAUCAUCAAAUAUGACUCAUCCAGGUACAAAAUUUAAUAAUCGUCCUCUGGUUACAUUCCCAGUUGCUCGCCCAACGAUGCCCGUACUGUCACCAACUAUGAUGAUGCCAAUUCUUCGACCAUCAAUUACAACAAAUUUCUCGCGACAUCGAUUAGCAACUCAUUCUCAACAGAUUCGUUCGACAACUACUUUACCAACUUAUCAACAAGUACAAGAAAUUGAACGAGGAAUUUCCUUGGAUGAAGCGAUUCAUUUAAAAGGAGCGAUUGAUAUAGCUGAUCUGAAUAAAAAUUCCAUUACCGCUCAAACAGAAGCCAGUCAAAUAAAUGAUCGUAUCAUUGAAUGA